AUGGUUGGCUCCAGGGUCUAUGUUGGUGGUUUGCCCUUUGGGGUUCGUGAAAGAGAUUUAGAAAAGUUCUUCAAAGGAUUCGGUAGAAUCAGAGAUAUCCUUAUCAAGAAUGGCUAUGGAUUUGUGGAAUUUGAAGACUAUAGAGAUGCAGAUGAUGCUGUUUAUGAACUCAAUGGAAAAGAGUUAUUAGGCGAAAGGGUCGUGGUGGAGCCGGCGAGGGGCAUCGACCGCAGCGCGGACCGCUACCGGCGUGACCGCCACUACGAGCGGGACAGAGGCCGCUCUCGUUACGACAACGACAACAAUUACAGAUAUGGGCCGCCGACGCGUACCGAGUAUCGGCUAGUCGUCGAAAAUCUGUCAAGCCGCAUUAGCUGGCAGGACUUGAAGGAUUAUAUGCGUCAAGCUGGCGAAGUCACUUACGCUGAUGCGCAUAAACAACACAGGAAUGAAGGUGUCGUUGAAUUCGCGACCCAUUCGGAUAUGCGGGCUGCUAUUGAGAAACUAGAUGGCACAGAGCUGAAUGGCCGCCGUGUUCGUUUGGUGGAGGAUCGUCGCUCUUCUCGCCGCAGGUCACGCUCUUCGUCCAGCCGCUCUAGGAGUCGCUCCCGUGAGCGUCGUCGAUCACGAUCGAGGUCUCGUUCUCGCCGCUCGUCCAAGAGCCGCUCUCGUUCUAGAUCUCGCCCGAAGAGCAAGAGUCCGGUGGCAAAGUCUAGAUCCAGAUCUAGAUCUAAGUGUGUAAUUUCAAUCGCUGAGCAAAACUUAAAAUCGGAACGCAGCCGCUCUAGAUCGGGGUCCAACAACGAGGCGAGACAAUCGCGCUCCCCGGUACGCAACGAGACCAACGGGAAAUCCGCUUCACCCUCGCCCAAACGCGAAUCCAAGGAGCGCUCACGUUCUCGUUCACAUAGCAAGGAGGCUGUAUCCCCAAAGCGAGACGAGGGUAAAGUAAGCAAGUCUCGUUCCCGUUCUCGCUCCGGAUCCCGUUCAAGAAGUGGUUCUCGCGAGCGUUCUCGCUCAGCCUCGCCCCGACAAAACGGAGAGUCACAAGAGCGCCGUAGUAACGACCGCUCACCUAGAAGUGGCGAAUAA